CGGGCAAAUUAGCAGCAGUCUCCAUUUUGACCGUGCUUUGACGUUUUGUUGAACGAGUCUUUGGAGAUUCGUGUCACACAAUCGAUCUUUUUAUCAAUUCACGAUGCCUGCAACGAAUACUGAAACUGACCUAUAUGCAAAGGCUGCACCAGGACGCCUGAAACUGAAGAAUGAGGAAACAGUAAGCAAGAAGAAAAAGGAGAAGCAUGGAAAGAAGAAGAAGUUAGUGGAGGUGUCAAAGAUUGUUGAGGAGGAAAAGCCGCAGACGGCAGAAGUGAAACGGACAAAUGCAGAAUUGGCUUUUCAGAAAAUGCAAGAGAAAAUGCAAACUGAAAGAAUCAAGCAAAAAGCCUCCAAGACGCACAAGCAACGAGUGGAAGAGUUUAAUCGACACUUGGAUAGCUUAACAGAACACUUUGAUAUACCCAAAGUGAGCUGGACAAAAUAAAUGUUCCAUGUCUCAGAAAUAUUUUUGUGCGCGUAUUUAUAUUGUAUAUAAUUAAUCUUAAGGUUCAUUAAGAAAACUAACACUUUAGAUGUAAUAUUGGUAUUAUGUAAGGAAUGAUGUUAUAGCAUAAUUAUAUCUAUAACGAGUUAUAUAUCUGUUCUAGCGAUAUUUCUUUCAUUUAUGUAAAUCUCAUAGCUUCCUUUUCAUCAAUCAUUAAAUUUUAAUAUUUUAAAUUGUUUCAUUUAAAAAAAAUAAAAAUUUCAUCUAAUA